AUGUCAAAUUACAAAGAAAUUGAUAAAUUAUACCCCUAAAAUAUUUCUAAAGCUUUGAAAUAGAUUUUACUUUCGCAUGAUUCCACUGCUAAUUUGACUUUUUAAGAAGCUAUUGAAAAUUUAAAAAGUGAAGACUUUAUUAGAAUUCAUUAGGGAUUAAUAUCAAUUAGAAAAUAAAUAUCUAAUUAUGAUAAUUAAGAAGAGAAUUUUUAAGACUAACAAAUUGAACUUUUAAUUACAAUAAUUUAGUAGAUUUUUUAAGCUUAAAUGGUUGAACGCCUUUAAUUUGAAGCCUUAUGUAAUCAAUAAUAAUUAUAAUAUGUAGGGAUUCUUUUGCAAAUAUUAAAUGCUACAAAUUUUUAGCUCUAGCUCUUAAUUAAAAAAGUCUCUUUUCAAAGUUUGACUCAAAUUUACAAUAAAGAUUCAAAUGGUUUGUUUCAUGUAUAAAUAAUAAAAAUUUUCGGUCUUUUAUCGAAAAUAGAUAACACCAUAGUUUCUUAAAUAUAUUAAUUUUGUAAAAUAGAAUAAAAAUUAGAUAAAAUCAUUUUAUUAGAGGAUUCUGUAGAUUAUCUAUCGGCUUUAAAUAUAUUUUGUAAAUUAAUGCCUUAAUUAUAUAAAAAUUUAGCACUUAAUUUUAUCAAGGAUAAAUUCAAUAUAAUAAAAAAUCCAGAAAGUAAGGCUUGUAAAAUAGCAAUAAAAAUUAUUAAUAAGAUAAUGAAAAUCCCUAAUUAGGAAAUAGAUGAAUAACUACUAUAUGCUUGGGAUGAAAUAAUUAUUAUUUGGGUAGAUGAUAAAUUGAAUACACUUGAAAGUACUCUGGUUUAGCUAAUUGAAAAAUUUAUAAAAAAGCCUCAAUUUCCGAAAGAAAAAAUAGAAAAAUAAACUUUUUUAGAUCGACUUUUACAGAAUUUGGGACAAUAAUCAACUUUUAUUUUGCAAGAUUCCCUCAGAAUUUAUAAGUAUUUGAUAAAACAGUUUUCGCUUUGUAUAACUAAUAAAAAAUUUUAUAAACAAUUGAUUAAUAUCUGUAGAGACUAUUCAAAUCCAACUAUAUUAAAUUUAAUUUUAAAAAUUGUAAUUAAUAUUUUAAAAACAGAAACAUAAACUGAUGAAUACAUUUUUUAUUUAAAAAAAUUUAAUAUAAUUAGUUUAUUACCUGAAUAUUUAGAUGAAAUAUUGAUGAUAAUUCAAAAAUUAAAUCCUAGCUCUUAACUCUCAGGUUUCUUUAAGGAAAAAUAAAAAAAUGAACAUAAAUUCAUUAAUUGCAUUUUGAAAAUAGUAUUAAUUAUCUUAAAUUAAAAAAAACUCUUGGAUAAAUUCAAAAUGGAAAUAGGAUAAUUCGAAAGAUUAUUUACAUAAAGAUUUUUUAUUUAAUUAGAGAAAAUUGAUGAUCUUAAAAUUCAAAAAACUCUUCAACUCAUCAUCUAUCAUUUAGAGAAUAAUAAAUCCUUCGAAAUGUAUGAAACAAUAAAUAAAAAAAUAAAAAUAAACUGA